AGUGCCUGCACUAUUCAGUGCAUAUAAACAUUCUCAAUAGCAAAUAUUUCUAGAAUUGUGUUAAGCGACGCAAAGCGAAUCGGCAAAAAUGAUGCAGAUGAAGGAGUACAAGGAGGUGCCACAGGAUGCACCUCAGGACGAUACCGUCGUGCGCCAGCCGGUGGCCGGUGGCGUCGCUGCCAACGGAGCUGAAAACUGGAUGUCAAUACCGGUGGGCAUGCCCAAUUGCCCGCAGGGCUUGGAAUACCUGACCGCCUUGGACCAGCUGCUGGUGUCGCAGAAGAUCGAGAAGCUCGAGCUGCUCACCGGCUUCGAGACGAAGAAUCGCUUCAAGGUGAAGAAUUCGCUGGGGCAGAACGUCUACUCUGCCUUCGAGGAGAGCGACUGCUGCACAAGGAACAUGCUUGGACGGUCGCGUCCCUUUGAGAUGAAGAUUCUGGACAAUUUCCAGAAUGAGGUGCUCCAUUUGAACCGUCCAUUUCGCUGCGACAUCCUGUGCUGCUUCCCAAGCUGCCAGAAUGCCGUGGAGGUGUCAGCGCCACCCGGCCAGGUGAUCGGCACGGUGGAGCAGGUCUGCACCUUUAUGCGACCCAAGUUUAACAUCAAGAACUCGUUCGGCGACACCGUCCUGCACAUCGAGGGACCCCUCUGCCCCUGCAAGUGCUUCAGUGAUACCAAUUUCAAGGUAUUGAGCGCCAAUAAUGAGGAGAUCGGCAAAAUAACCAAACAAUGGUCCGGCCUGGGCAGGGAGCUGUUCACCGAUGCGGACUACUUCAGCGUGACGUUCCCUCUGAACUUGGAUGUGCGCAUGAAGGCACUCGUAUUCGCAGCUCUCUUUUUGAUUGACGUGGUCUAUUAUGAGCAAUAAGCUGGACGAUCAAUCAAUCUAUUUAUCAUUUGAAGAAAACAACACACAAGACACUUAUAACGCCGACUGCUUAAUGGAACGACAUAUUGCAUCGUCUUUAGCUUUAAGGUUAUUUUUCAUAACAUUAUUUUUGAUCAAAGUUUCCGGGAAUCUGAGAAAUGCAAUGCUUUCAUCGGUUUGGAAUCUCUACCGCAGAAUCUCUACGCACAAAAAAUGAUCGAAUAUGCAGUGGCACUUUUCCUUUUUUAUAUACCUGAAUUUGGCAUUUAAAACGCGCACAAGAAACACAGACUAUCUAUCCAUGUAAAGAAAAAGAAACAGACGAGAACGAGUGCCUUAUGACGUCCUAGUUGUUAUUGUCGUCGACCCGCCCCCGUUUCCCCAAUUUAUAUACCUCAACAUACUUAGCUUUGUUGUACCCAAAGGUAGAAGCACACAGGAAUGACUACUUAACUGCAACCAUGGCGUACCUAACUAAUGAUUUACUAUUAUACAUAUUUUACACAACAUAUACAUAUAUAUAUAUUUUUGUACGAACCUAAUCGCAAUCGAAUUGUUAAA